UUUAUUCCAUGGAAAAUCAUUGCUUUUGGUGGUCGUUGCACAAAAACGACUUUUUUCGUAAGUACCCUAACACAAAAAAAUGACUUAUCGUGAUUUAUCAAUUACUUCUUAUCAAAAUUAGUUAAAGAUGGACAACAUCGAGUUCCGUGACGAAGAUGUCUUGAGUGUUGUGGACAUAAGCAGGAGUUUUGAAGAUGAAGAAGUAGAUGUUUUCAGCAUGGCCUCGUUAGGUAAUUACGUUUUGUUAGGCCAUAGGACCGAAAAUUCAGACACAAACGACGAGAAAUUGCACAGAUUAUCCCUCGCUUAUGAAAAACUACACACAGUACCAAAGAUCCUCCUCCAGGAGCUUGCCCCCAAAAUAAAAAUACUUGACUUAAGCCAUAACGAAUUCGAUAAUUUGGAUUUUUUGAGCGAAUUUAAAGCCCUAACCACGUUUAUCUGUGAUCAUAAUAACAUUAGUUCGAACACGAAUCUUCCGUUUUUGCCCACUUUGGAGCUCCUUUGGCUCAAUCAUUGCAAAGUCACAUCAUUGUACCCCUGGGCCAAAAAACUGCAAUCCUCUUGCCCCAAUUUAAAGUUUUUGUCUUUGAUGGGCAACCCUGUGGCGCCUUCGUACCUCAACGGUGGCAAUUUUUACGAAUAUUUGCAAUACAGGCUGUUUAUUAUUUCGCUUUUUCCAAAGUUGGUACAUUUGGACGAUAGACCGGUAAAUACCGAUCAGAGAAUUGAAGCUGAACGAUUGUAUCGUAAACCUUUGGUUGAACGUCUAGUCAUGAAUAUUUCCACACCUGAAUAUUUACGUCAUAUUACUGAGAUUUUUACACCGGCUGCCAUAACGCAUGAGAAAAACGUCAUAGUGUGAUAAUUUUUAUUAAUUUACAAAUAAUUAGAUUGGAUUUUUUGUGAAAUAAAGUGUCUAAAAACUA